AUGCACACAGGGCACGCGGCCGCCGUCGGACCUCCGUCACCGUCGCGUCGCCACAGUCCGCCUCCUCAUUGCAACGUCAUUGUCAGCCGGCGACUCCUCGUUCUUCGUCCGCCGACGAGUUGCCUAGCAUCCGUCCGCCGCCUCUUCGUCUCGUAUCUGUCAGCCAGAUCGACACCUCGCCUCCGUCUGCAAGAACGUUUCUUCUCCACCCAUCACCGCGACGCACCGCCACCGUUCGCAGCCGCGUCGAUUUGGUUAUUUAAUCGGGGCGGCGCAACAGAUCAGGGAUGCCGGAGACAGAGUGUUAAUCGGCCCAGCCCACAACGUCAAGUAAAGCUUCUGUUCUUAGCUCUGGAUUGA